AUGCUCACUUCAACUCGUUCUACCGCAACACCGCACCUGAAAGGAUGCCCAGCAUCUGUCUUUUGUAUCUUGGUACUUUUCCUUUCUUUCAACGCUUGUCUCGGUGAUUCUACCUCGCAGAAGAAGAAAAUCAAGACUUCAAUUCCCAUCGUCAACGAAAAACACCUAUACACUAUACCUGUAGGAUUCGGAUCGCCGCCAGAGUAUCACAGCCUUGGAAUAGCCACCGGGUCUGCCAACACGUACACCGGAAGCGUUGUACAAUACAAACAGACCGAAUCAACAUAUGAUCUUCAUCAACAGCUAUUCAUUCCUUACGGAUUCGGGAACGCUACCGGAAAACUCGUGACAGAUACUAUUACCCUUGGCGAGUCCGAAUAUAGUGUUAAAUUGACUAACACGACCGUUGGCAAUGUUACAAAGCUUGUGGGGUUCGAAGGUUUUGAUGGAUUGUUGGGACUUGGUUUAUCUUCCGAAUCUUACCCACGGAACGAGGAAAACAUCGGACAGCUACUGACCCCGACUGGGUUGAUGUAUGACCGCGGACUGUUGGAGAAAGUAAUGUUCGGGAUAUCAUUUAUGCCAACCCGUAAAGAGCAUGAUCCCAAUGGAAUUCUCACAAUUGGUGGAGUAGAUUCCAGCAGAUUCGUUGGCGACCUUACCUGGUACCCUUGUGGCUCUUACCGCACUUGGGACUGGUCCGCUUCCAUUUCUUAUGGUGAAGAUGAGUUAUCCGGAAAAAGUAUCAUGGGAGCCUUCGAUACAAGUUACACCAACACACCAGCUUUGCCAAGAGACUUAUUCGAUAAAUACGUUCUUUCGAUCCCGGGAGCGCUUUGGGAUGACUCGUGGUUAUCUUUAAACCCAUCCGGAUCUAUCAACAAGUAUAUGCUCAAGAUCCCCAGCUCUUCGGUCGCGGAGAUGGAAGAUUUGUGCUUCACUGCCAAGGAUGUUCGUUGGUGUCUAUGUCCAGAGGCUCAAUUGGUACCCGACGGUGUAAUCACCGAUGGCGAGCCUGGCUAUCGAUAUGGCUACGUCAGCCCACUCCAAACCACUGUCAACCAAGAAGCCAAAUUCAUUUUGGGUAUGAAAGCUAUGGAACGCUUCUAUGUGGCUUUCGAUUUAGCGAACUAUCGGGUCGGUCUCGCUCAAACUGAAUGGACGAACUCUACAUUCUAA